CUAAUGUUUGGCGCUCUAUCCUGUGCUGGGGAAAUUUCAAAACCACAACAAAGGAAGUCGGAAAUAACUGACGAAUUCGUGGGAUUUUAGGUAUGUUUCUACAUAUUACAUGUACCGUUCAUUCGACGUGAAUGUAUAGAAUACUUUUAUCAGGAUUGGUGCGUGGCAGUGAUGGAAGUUUCAUCCUGUGAUCAGAUGGGGCUGCCGAGGCCGAGCUGGGACAUGAGCAAGACAUUCUUUGGAAUGUAUGGGACUAAGAGAAAAUCAACGUUCACCCAAGCUGAGGAACCGCAUGAUCAGUUUUGUCCAGUUGCAAAGAAGAUGUGUUCGCCGUCAGACCUUGCGAUGGACGACGACUGCCUUCCAGAGACACCUUUCCCCGCCAUCACCCAUCAACCAUCAAAGCACCAAGUACCUCACAUGUCACCGUCACUUCACCAACGCCAGAGGGACCACACGGGACCAAGGGUAGAACCCCAACCGAACAAUCAGGGAGAAGGUCCAAAGUGGCUCUCGUGGCAGGGGGGCCGGCUGGCCAGCUGGUCGGCCGUGGCGCGGUCCUGCAGGGGCAGCGACGACGCCCAACUGGACAGAGAGGGGUGGGGCCAGGGGGAGGCUGGACGUGGUCAAGGGGGCGGGGCCGAGAGGCUGGGGUCGGGGUCAGGUCAGGAGGCAUUGCUGAGUAACCCCAGGGUGGAGAUAGAUCAGGAUUCAAACAGCUGCUGGCAGACUCCUCAAAACCUUCGCAAACAACUAGAGAAACAAAUUAGAACUCCUGAGCUAGAGCACGCAAGGCAGGAAUCACUUCGAGCCAAAGCAGAUAAACUACAAUCACAACUCCAAUACAUGAAGUCCAUGGAGGUAGAAAGCAACGACUACUGGGCGCUCCCACAGGAGAACAGCCUUAAGAUGGAAGAUGACCUGGAGCAGGCGCGGAUCGCUAUGGAGUCAGACUACGUACCAGAUCCCUACCAGUAUCACUGUAGUGAUAUACCUGUACCGAUGGCUGGCCAUGAUGCAGGUACGGUUAACCAAGUCCGAUGUUACUGCAAGCCAAAUUGGGAGGGGAUGCUGGAUCCUGUGGGGUAUAUAUGACACCCCUCUACCGGCCCCGCCCGCCCCUAUCGGUCUCACUUCCCUCAUACUUUCCAAUGAAAGGGAUUUGAUUUGUGUCAAUCCGUAGAUGUACGGUCCUAGACACGCAAGCCAAAGGAUCUAGUGGGGUGUAUGUGAUGUCCCCUCUACCGGCCACCUUCUUUCUCACAUUGUGACAAUUUCUAAACGAUUGGCAAUCCAUACGUAACAUAAUAUUUGGGGGAAUCGUUGGUGCUCUUGUUGGGGUCGUUCGCAUGCCCUUGGCAUAUGAUCAAAGAAAUUGGUACACGUCUCUCAAAUUUUUGAUAGUGCUUUGCCAAAAUGUAUCAGGCAGCAUUAGAUUUCUUUGUAACAGCACAAGUAAAUUAGCACCUUUUCCAUGGGUAGGAACCCCACCUGUUUCAUCCCUAACUGAAACGAGAUUAAACAAUUUUUGUUGUUUUUGUGUUUCUUGUAAAGCGACCCAUAGCUGGCAUUUGUCAAAGUAAUUAUCUUUAUAUGAACUUUUAAAAUUGUGCCUUUAUAAUUGCCUCUGUAUAUGCUGUGCCACUUUGUUUCUAUCACAAGAUAGAUAUACCAAAGGCUUCAAGAUUAUUUUACUGUUUGCAGCGCAAGAUUAAUCUAUGCCGGUGUUAAAAAGGUUGUCAUAAGCUAAUAAAGACCAUAUUGGUAAUUUAUCAAAGCCAUUGUGUAGCACAAAGCAA